AUUAAAUGAAAGAAAAACUAAAACGUAUGAGCAGAUAGGAGGGUCUCCAAAACUUGUUUUAUCCUGUCGCUCUCACAUCUCCGGCCUCGACUGCUCCAUCCUCUUCCUACUCCUCUUCCUCCUCCCUCUCCAACCAAACCCUCUCGAACUUCCUUCUCUCUCCCACUCGCUCUCUUCUUAGGACACCAAACAAAGGAUAAGGGAGUUCGCCUCCUCCUCCUCCUCCUCCUCCUCCUCCUCCUUUGCCGUUCUCUAAUAAAGGAUAUAGGUCAUGGCUUCGACAAUCUCAUUCUCAACCGGAAAUGUUCGACUGAUAAGAGUUGGAUAUGACCAUCACUAUGUUGGGUUGAGGCUGAUUUGUCCCCAGAGAUGUGUUUCUUUUGUGGCGAGAGCGAAGGCCAAACCAUCGAUGGUUAUUAGAGCAAGCAAUGAGCAAGACACAUCGGCUAAGAUUUCAAGCCGAAGCAUCGAGGAAUGUGAAGCAGCGGCUGUGGCCGGCAACUUCCCUGAUCCUCUGCCACUCUAUAGGCCUUCCGGCCCUAGAGGAACCCCGGAUGCUAAACCUCUUUCACUUUCUAGGCGCCCACGUCGUAACCGAAAGUCAGCGACACUUAGAGUUUCUUUCCAAGAAACAAAUCUAUCUGCCGCAAAUCUUGUCCUUCCGCUCUUUAUUCAUGAAGGUGAAGAAGAUGUUCCUAUUGGAGCUAUGCCUGGAUGUUUUCGGUUGGGAUGGCGCCAUGGCCUCCUUGAUGAGGUUUACAAGGCACGAGAUGUUGGUGUUAGCAGUUUUGUGCUCUUUCCGAAAAUUCCCGAUGCUUUGAAGUCACAAACAGGAGAUGAGUCAUUCAAUGAUAAUGGCUUGGUCCCUCGAGCAAUUCGCCUACUCAAGGACAAGUACCCUGACAUUGUUGUUUACACUGAUGUUGCGUUGGACCCCUAUUCAUCUGAUGGGCACGAUGGUAUUGUAAGGGAAGAUGGAGUCAUCAUGAAUGAUGAAACAGUCCAUCAACUUUGCAAACAGGCAGUUAGUCAGGCCCGUGCUGGUGCUGAUGUUGUUAGUCCGAGUGACAUGAUGGAUGGCCGCGUGGGAGCAAUUCGUGCGGCUCUUGAUGCUGAAGGUUUCCAUGAUGUCUCUAUCAUGUCUUAUACUGCAAAAUACGCGAGUGCAUUCUAUGGCCCCUUCCGAGAAGCUCUAGACUCAAAUCCACGAUUUGGGGAUAAGAAAACUUACCAGAUGAACCCAGCCAACUACAGAGAAGCCCUUACAGAAACUGAAGCAGAUGAGGCUGAAGGUGCAGAUAUUCUUCUGGUGAAACCAGCAUUGCCGUACUUGGAUGUUGUGCGGUUUCUUAGAGACAAUUCAGCUCUACCAAUUGCUGCAUAUCAGGUUUCUGGAGAGUACUCAAUGAUCAAGGCUGGGGGAGUACUCAAAAUGAUCGAUGAGGAGAAGGUCAUGAUGGAAUCGCUGCUUUGUAUCAGACGAGCCGGCGCCGACAUCAUCCUCUCUUACUUUGCUCGCCAAGCUGCGAGCGUAUUGUGCGGCAUGAGCGGCAUGAAAUUCAAAUAGCUUAGAUCAUGUACAUAGUUUUCCCAUUAGCUUUCUCUGAGCCCAUCCGACCCAUGUUUUCUGUAUCAUUUCAUCUCCUUUUGUACACUAUUCUUAUUAAGAGCUGGGCAUGUUUACUUAUAUCGUUUAUUUUGUAUAUUUAUUUGUAUUUUGCGUAAUAAAUUAUUAGUUUUGUGUA